CGCGUGCCGCCGCUGCAGCGGCAGGCGAGCGGGGCGGAGCGGGCGUCGGAGACGCUGUUUCGCGUGGCGUCGGACCCUGAGGCGUUGGAACGCAUGAGGGAGAAUGGGGAGUCGCUUUACGUGGACCUCUCGCCAGCUGGCGUCGCAGACGCUUGGCUCGUUGGUGUGCAGUCCGAGCCGCUGCGCCCAGGCGUCGUGGGCCUGCUCCGCGCGGCGACGGGGUUCACCAGCGCCGGCGGGCCGCCGCGGCCGGGCGCGUGGAUCGAUGGCGGCGUGUCCCCGGCCGCGGCGGCGGCGGCGGCGCUGGAGGCGGCGUGCGAUGCUGCGGCGGCGGGAGCGUUUGAAGCGCUGCUGCCGCAGUCCUCGCAGCAGGCGCAGCAGCAGCAGCAGCAGCAGCAGCAGCAGCAGCAGCAGCAGCAGCAGCAGCAUAAGCAGCAGUCCCUGGGCGCGCGGCUGGGCUUUGCGCACGCAAAGCGCGGGCGGCAUGCGGACGCGGCGGCGGGCGGCGGCAAGGCCGCGCCCGAGGCUCAGGAGGGGGCGGCCCCCGCAGCGGCCGGCCGGCGCGGCGGGUGGCGGCUGCGCGAGCGGCUCUGGGACACGGCGCACCUUCUCGGCAGGUCCCACAAGGCGGCUGGUGACUCGUGA